UUUACACCGGUAGAUCCUCCAUUGCCUUUCCAUUCAUUUCAUUCGCGCACAGUCGCAUCCGAGUGGCGAACCCUCCCCUCACAUUUCUCUCUCCGCCUGGAAAGAUGGCUGCUCCGGCGGUGGCGAGAAGCUCCGGCCCGCCGCUUUGCCCGAGCUUCGCGGAGGUAUGUUCGUUCCUGGAGCGCUACGGAGCAGCGUUGGACCUCCCCGAGCUGACUUUCCCGCAGAUGGAGAGGUAUCUGCGUGACACGACGGCAGUUCCCAAGCCGUUGGUGGAACUCCAUGUGAAGCUGCUCAGAAAGCUGGGGAGGUCCGUGACCACAGACCGCUGGGAAAAAUACCUGGCUAAGGUUUGCCAGGAGCUGAACAACACCUGGGCCUGGGAGCUGGAGCAGAAUGGUUACCAGGAGAUGUCGAUGGAGUGCAAGUCAAGCAUCCUCAAGUAUCUGUGUGAGUGUCAGUUUGACGACAACCUGAAGUUCAAGAUGGUGGUCAACGACGAGGACCCCGAGAAGAUGCGUCUGCAGCCCGUCGGUCGGGACCAGCAGGGACUGAUGUACUGGCUCCAGCUGGACCAGGAGCAAAACAUCCGGCUCUACACGGAGGAGCAGGACGAUCUGGACGGAUCCACCUGGAAGUGCAUCGUCCGGACCCGGAACGACCUGGCCGAAGCUCUGGAGCUGCUGAAGGCUCAGAUUGAGUCCGAUAGGAGUCAGGAUCAGGACCAAAACCAGAACCAUCCUGGAUCCAGGAGCGCCAGCCCUGCAGAAAGAGACAUGGGGAAAUCAGAGACAAAUGAAGACGAUGGAAUCAACAGCGUCAAAGUCCCCAAAGCUUCAGAGGAAGAAAAUGACAACAAGACGACCAACCCAGUGACAGAAAAGAUGCAAAUAGUAAAGGAAGAAGAGGUAAAGCAGGAAAACACUGAACCCAAGACGGAGGAGAAGACGGCUGCCUUCGAUAACCGCGUCAGCACCAUCACCGCCGUCAAAUCUGAGCCCAGAGAUGCAGACGGACCUAAAAACGCCGUGUCCGUCCUCAUCGCGCCCAGCGCCGCUCUAAUGAAGCUGAAUAAGGAAGAUGAAGCGGAGAGGGCCGCCGUCCGGAGCAACCAGCAGGCGAAAAUACCACUGAAGAAGAGGGACCUGAAGCUGGCUGGAUGCUUCCAGACCAACCACCUGAACAACGCCAGCAGCAGCAGCAUCAUCGUCUGCAACCCCUCUGUGAUCAACAGCAAGGACUGUCGGGGGAGAGACGGGAAGCCGAUCAACUCGUUAGAACUGCAAGGAAGCCCAGCGUCCUGUCUGCAGCAAGUCAUCCCCUCCAUUCAGGAGCUGACCAAUGGGAGAGCGCCUCACCCGCCUCCCAGAGACGGGCAUAACGGCGUCAUCGGCCAGGUCGGAGUCAUCGGUCACGUCGGCGUCAUCCGCAGCCCAUCUGAGCUCCACAGAGCUCCGGAGGAAAACGGGCCGAAGUCGGAACCAAGUGGCGUGAAGGCUGGAGAGGAAGUGAGCCGGCAGUCAGUUCUGGUUAGGAAGGGGCCACCUGAGCAAGACGCCACCGCCGCCGCCACACUUCCUGCUCAUCCAGUCCCACCGCUAACAAACCAGAAGCCGGAUCUUACAGAGAGAAAAGGAGAAACUGUUGGUUUCUCGUCUCAGAUGACGGUAAAUCAGAACAACAAGACGCCAGAGAAAAUGGACCUGGCUGACCAAAUCGGCCAACAGGAGGAAAACCGAAAAGUCAAAGAGGAACCUGGAAUAAACUCAGCAUUAAUCUCAGGAGCGUCUGGAAAAGGAGACUCUGAACCUCAAAAAGCAGAAAAGCUGAAUAAGAUAAUCCAGCAGGAACAAGGGGUGAAUGGCGGGCUGGUCAGCGUCGUCAAACUUAAGAAGAUCGGGUUUGUUUCGGAACAGAAGAGGGUUCCACUGGAAGAAGCGUCUUCCGAACUCCAGAAAGAAGGAAUCCGCCUGAAGAUCAAGAUUCCACCGCACCGGAGAAACAAGUUACGGAGAAAAGAAGGAAAGGAGGAGAUGAAAACCCGAGAGGGGCAGAAGGAAGGGAGGCCGCUGAGGAGAUCUGCAAGGAUCUGCAGAUCAUCUGCUUUGCCAAACUGCAGGCCAAGUUCGAAGGCGGCAGAGAGCCAGAGAAAGAAGCCGCAAAAGAAACAGACGGCGCCUGCCAGAACGAGGGAUGAAGAAGAGGCGGAUGAGGAAGAGGACGAUGAGGAGCACAGCUCACCUUCGACAAAGAACCAAAAACACGAACCCACUGGAAAAUUUAGCAAGCGAAGGGGUAAACGAAGGCACGGGCGACCACGGUGGACCAAUGUUCGCCCCAAGAGACACAAACCAAAUGAGGAGGAGGAAGACGAGGAAGGCGGGUGGAAGAAACGAGGAGAGGAGGAGAACGAAGGAGGUGGCUCAGAAGAGGAGUUGAGUAAAUCUGAGGAGAUUCCCACUGAGGAUGCCUGCACUCACUGUGGCCUGCCCAACCACCCCGAACUGAUCCUGCUGUGUGACUCGUGCGAUCGAGGAUACCACACCGCCUGUCUGCGGCCGCCGCUCAUGCUGAUCCCAGAUGGAGAAUGGUUCUGUCCACCUUGCCAACAUAAGAUGCUGUGUGAGAAACUGGAGGAGCAGCUGCAGAACCUGGACAGCGCUCUGAAGAAGAAAGAACGCGCAGAGCGGCGGAGGGAACGGCUGGUUUACGUCGGCAUCAGUGUGGAGAACAUCAUUCCUGAGGGAGAUGUGGAAGAGGAGGAAGAGGAGGAGGAGGAGGAGGAAGAGAAAUCUACCAAGAAAAAAGAUCCAAAAAAGACCAAAAACCUGGGGAGGAGAUCAACCAGGACCAGGAAACACAUCAGCUACAGGUUUGAUGAUUUCGAUGACGCCAUUGAUGAGGCCAUAGAGGAGGAUAUCAGGGAUCUCUGCAGUGGAGCAGAAACGGGGAAAGAGAUCCCCUCCGUUCUGUCCGAGGGCGUGAAGGAGAACCAGCGGCCAAUCAGAACCCAGAGCCGCACCGUCAGGAACAAAAAGAGACGGCGGCUGAACGACCUGGAGAGCGACAGCACGGCGAUAGAGAGCGAAGAAGAGUUUAUGCUCAGCAACAGCUCGGAGGAAGAAGAAUUCGCCGCUUCGGGUGCCGACGACGGUGAGGAGGACGAGGAAGACGCAGGCAGCGACGGCGGCAGCUGGGACAGAGGGGCGCGUCCCAAACGGGGCGCGAGAGGGACGCCUAAAUUCAAACCCAGGAGGCCCCAACGCCGGGGCAGGAAACGGCGGCGGAGGCGGUCCAGCGAGGAGGAGGAAGAGACGGAUGUAGAGAUGGAUUCGGAUCGGUUCAGCGACAUGACGGACAGCGACGCAGACAGGAAGAGGCGGGGCCUGAGGCGGGGCCAGCGCCAGCAGGUGAACUACCGCGAAACAUCGGAGUCGUCCGACAACUCCAGGACGUCGACAAAAAGGCAGCCGGUGAAACGGCGCGGCCGACCGCGAAAGGAGCAUUUCUCCAGCGACUACAGCGACGUUUCCGCUUCCUCGAGAGAUUCUGAGGACGAUGACGACGACAAUGUUGAUGAGGAGGAAGAUGGCCGGCGGAGAGUCGACAAGAGAAGAAGAAGAGUGGAGGAGGAGGAGCUCCGGAGCAGCAGGACGAGAAAGAAGCGGAAAAGAUACGAGGAUGAGGAGGACGAGGAAGGAGGGCGGCGGCUGAAGAGGAGGCAGCUGAGGAGAGAGGAUGAUGAUGAUGAUGGGAGGAGGAGGACGGAGAGAGACGAAGAGGAUCCGGAGCGGAUGGGCCGGGGGAAGAGGAGGGAGAUGCUUUCGCAGCAGCGCCGCAAACUCCUCGCUCAGAUGCUGAAGAAACGCCGGCCGUCCACCGACGAAGACGAGUCCGACUCGGACGAUUCCCAGUCUUCAUCGGGAGACGACCGGCCGAUCCGCAAGAGACUCAACCGCAUCGACUCCGACGACGACUCCGAUGAGAGACGCGUCGAUUCGGACGACGAAGACGAAGGACAGAAGAGGAAGAAGUCGGAGCACAAAAGCGAUGGCGGCGCUCAGGAAAAGGGGCGGAGCCUGUCUCCGUCAAACAGACACCAGACCUCCAGAGACGCUGAGAGACGGGAGAGACACAACGGCCCCACGCAUCCCGCCGAAGACGAGGAGGAAGAGGAGGAUGAUGAUGAAGGCCAGUCGGACUCCUUGAACUCUGCCCAGAACAGCCCGCGGUCAUGAUGGCCGUCUGUAAAUAAAUCUCCAAUGUUUUUAUUUUCCUCUCAACCUCCAUCACUUCUCUGCUUCUCAUUCUUCUUCUGUGGUGGAGCGCUACAAUCCCAAACGCCUCCGACCUCCACAAACGGAUCGGGACGGCGCCGCAGCAGCGCGCCCACCCGGCGGAGCGGAAAACCCGGAGUCGGUUCAUCGUAGCAGAACUCUCCAGCUGGCGUCGGACCGAACUCUUUACAGUGAGGUGACGACCAAAAUCCUCCAAAAUAAAACUGAAAAGAGGAGAAAAAACCCCCCAAAAAGCUUAUAGGAAAUUGUGUUUAAUUAUUAGGAUUUGGUAUUUUAUUGGCUAAGUUUAAAAAUGUAUAUAUAUAGUAGAUUUAAAGUAAUGAGAACUACUGUUUUAUGUAUUUUUUAUUAUUUUACGCCCACCUUGUUUUUUUGUAUUUGUACCUCUUUCACUUUUUCACGUUUUGUCACGUUUGCCACAAACAUCAGUGAGAUUUUUUUUUCCUGUGAUAGACCAGCAUUUUCUCCAGAACAAAAAUCUGAAAAGUGUGUCAUGCCUUUGCAUUAGGCAACACAUUUGAAAGACACAUUUUUCACUGCAAAAACACAAAAUCUUAGCAAGUAAUUUCAAUCUAGUUUCUAGUGCACAUAUCUUAGUUCACAUAAAGUAAAACAUGGCUGAAUUAUAAGUCACUUUUCUGCAAAACAAUGGAAGUUAUUUUAAGUAAAUAAUUUCUGAAUUAUAUUUCUCGUAUAACUUAUAAAAAUGUUUUGUUACAAGUGCAAUAAUCUGCUUGUACGUUUUCAUCACUAUUGACAAAUUAUUGAUUUUAAUCAAGCUCCUUUAUCUUGCAGAAAAGUUACUUGUAACUUAGUUUUGUCUUAUUUUAAGUGAAGAUAUUUGCAUUAGAAACUUGACCAAAAAUAUUGGCUAACAUUUUAGGGUUUUUACAGUCUAGUUAGCAAUUAGGCUAACUACAAUGGAUGACAAAGCGAUUAAACUCUCUGUUGUGUGAAAAGAAAAAUGGAGUGAGAGUCGGGAUGCUUUAGCAGUAGCAUUAGCAAUUGAACUUCUUAAUCUGUUUAUCCAGAAAAAACAUUUGUUCCAUAUUUCUAUACAGUCACAGUUAUUUGGGUCAGGAGUACAUUUCCAGGAAUUUUCACAUUAAUUUAGCAUGUUUAUAAAUUAAAAUUAAAAAUAUCUGGCUAUAAUAUUACUACUUUUUAAAAUAAGUUAAUGACUUAAAUGGGAGAUAUUGAGAUUAUGAUAUUAUCUGACAGUAUGAUAUUUAAGAUAGAAAAAAAUGCCAGAAUGAAGUGGUGAAUUUAUAUUUUUUAAAGUCUCAAGUUGCUGAUUUGUGUUUUUUUUUUUCUGGAUCAGAACUCCUUUUACCAAAUAUUUCACUUUAUCAUAUCAGAGAAUAUCCCAGAUUAAUAAAUAUAAAUUUAUACCUUCUAAUCGAAAUAAUUUUUUUUUUUUUUCUUGAAAAUUUACAACUUUUUGACAUAAAGUUGUGUUUCUAGUGAAUAUGUUGUAAUUGUAUGAUGGAUUUCUAGGGCGAAGCUAAGAAAAUUGAAAAAUUACAACAGUAAAGUUGUAAUAUUGUUUUUUUCCUCAUUACAAUUUUAUUCUUCUAUUAUUUCCACUUUGAUCUUAUACAACUUUAUCUAUGUACUACUGUUUUAUUUUAUAUUUAUAAAAAGUAAUAUUACGACUCAAAAUAUUGACUUUAUUUUCUCAUUCUAUGACUUUAUUAUCAAUAUUCCUGUUUUAGUAUUUCUGUUAGAACAAUAAUCUGAAAACUUAAGAGAUCAGUUUGACUCUGAUGUCUUUCAACUUUUUUCCUUUUUUUCCUUGUUUACGCUGACAGAAACCAGAAACAGAGUGAAGCGCAUUUUCCCAAUAUAAACUUUUGACACCACAUUUGCGGAAAUAAAGAUAUGAAAGCAAUAAUAAGAAUUAAAAAGAGUAAAUUUUCAGAAAAUUACAGGAGAUUUUCUCAGAAUGAAAAGUUGCAAAUUUGCUAGAAAAAAAAUCUAUUUUUACACUUUUUACACUAACUUUGCAUUGAUCCAUCACAGAAAACAACAAUAAAAUCAUUGAUGUUUGUGGUUCUAAAGUGACAGUGAUCUUGAGAAAGUUAAGUGUUGUCAAUACUUUUGCAAAGCACUGUUUAAUUGCUAUAUUUUAUUCUUUAAAAUUCAAUUAUACAGCAAAUAUAUCUCCCCUUAUCCAUUUCAUUUCAUUUAAAACGUUUGGAUUCAGUGUUUUUCAGUUUACGGCUUCUUAUUUUCACAAAUCGUAGACCUGGAGGUCCAUGUUUGCUGAACAUACUGUCUGUACGCUGUUCUUUGUAAGAUAAUAGAUGUCCUGUUUAGUCUUCUUGUAAAAUAUAGUGUUAUAUUUUAUAUAAGAAGGUGAGGAGGAGGGAUGCUGCUGCUGCGAGCGCUGAGUUUAGAUUGAUCGGCUUUCAGCAGUUUGCUUGUUUUGUUUUUUUUUUGAGAAUCUGCCGUGGAAAAAAAAAACCUGCUCUCAGAAAAAAAAGAAAAAAAGACACACAUUAGAUGAUUACUUUUUAUUUUUUGUGUUUGGAGCCUGAAAGAGCUGAACACUACGUUAACACUUAGCUACUUGUCUUUUUAUAGGUUUUUAACAUUUCAUGUCCUGAUGGAAGGAAUAAAACUUUAAGGAACCUGAUUAUUUAUCUCCUAACAUGUUGGAGAUGAACUAAGACGGGUUUUAGAAGUUGUGCUGUCAACGGGAAGAGAUGCUGUUAGAAACAGUUAUUAAUAAUCACACAGAUGUAAUUUUCUACGCUGCCUUUUAUGAAACAAAGUGAGGGUGAAAACUUACACUACGUACUUCUAUUCUAGCAUACAGUAUACAAGUAGAAGUACAAACAUUAUUCGUUGUUACCUUCAUUUCAGCGCAACAAAUUGUCCGGAGGACAUUUUUCUUCCUCAUUGGCAUAUUUGCAUGUUUCUCUCUGGUCAUUGCUCCGCCCACAGAGCUGAGAAAAACCUGAAAAAUAUUUUUUUAAAUGGUCAGCGGCUACGUAUGACUGUAUAUUAGGGUCAUUAUUGAUGGAAUAUUAAAAACAAUAACAAUGAAAAUCAAAUCUCCAAAAAAAUUCAGAAAUGUUGAUAUAAAUUUCAGACGUUUUCCAGAAAAAAAUCUGAGAUUUCUUAGUUCCAAAGUCUGCAAAUAAUAACUGACAAAUUUGAAAUUUUAUCUUAGAAAUGUUAAAGAAUCAGAGGAAAAGAGGUCAAAACGUGAAAAUUUGUCAAAUUUUUUUAGAAAAAACAGGCAAAUUUCUGAGCUCAAAAAGUCAAAUUUGCUAAAAAGAAAAAGCCCCAAAAAGCUCAGAUUUUCAAGGAAAAAAAUCUGUUAUCAGAAAGGUAAAAAUUCUCAUGUUCUGUCUUUCAAAAAUGAAAACAAUUUUUUCUAGAAAAUUUUUAAAAUUUAUUUUUGUGUUUUUGCCAAUUUACUCCUUUUUUUCUGUCAACUGGCCCUAACAAACAGUUGUAGCUAUGACUUCAAGUAACAGUGAAUUGUAAAGUGUUUACAGACUGUAAUGUUUUCUUAAGUAAAGGAGUGGAAAAAUA